UUCCUCUUUCUGGAGGAAUGACCUAGACCCGGAAGUAGUUUCCUGCCGUUACUUUCUAGACAGAAAAAAUGUCUAAACAGAUCGUCACAGGCAUUUCUGAGACUGGAGAAGGAACAGGAGCCUGUCCAUUCUAUUCAGAACCAACCAGUAUGAUCUACAUGUCUACAGCACAACCAGUGGAGGACAUGGAAGUGGAUGAUCCCUACUCCUGCUCUGUAGCCAAAUCUAAAACUGGCAUUCCUGAGACUGGAGAAGGAACGGGAACCUGGCCUUUCAGUUUGAGCUGUAUGGACCCAAGACAGCCAGGGGAGGGCAUGAAAGUGGACGAUCUCUACUCCUGCUCUGUAGCCGAAUCUGAGCCUGAUGUGGUUGGUCUUUUUCCAACCCCUUGGAGAGAAGUGUCCUGGACUGAUACGUUACUGGAAACUGGGCUACUGUUGGACAAAGGAGGAGGAGAAGGAGAGGAGGAAGACGUCUACAGAGACAGCAGGGAAAGCAGAAGUGGAGGAAAGGGGAAAAGGCGACUGCAGUUGCUGAUAGAAAAUCCCUUUCCUUACAUCAAAAGUGGAGGCCCUGCUGAAUUAUGCCAGUUUACCAAUACAUGUGUGGUAGACUCAUUGCUAGCUGCUCUCCAUACAACAUCCAUCAUAUCUUCUGAUUUAAAAGAUCUUUUUAAUAAAAAUACAUUUUUUAAACAGGUCAUGUCUCUGUUAAACAACAAAUUUUACAUUAAGGCUCGAAAGGUUUUUGUAGAAGAGCUGAAUCCUGGUAAAUGUAACCUUUAUGGCAACGUCAGUGAUUAUUUCCCUCUCCUUCAUAAACUGGUUUACUCCGAUCAGAAACAUCUCCCAAAUAACAGUUCCAUCUACAACACAAUACUCAGACCACUUAAGAAUAGGAUUGAAGUGAUAGUUUUAGGGGAGACGUCUGAUCCAGCUCUAUUUCUAGUCCAUGCAGUCCAGGGGAUUCUGAAUACUGAGCUGCCAAGAGAUGUUAUGGAUGAGAAGAACAGGAUCUUCUUGCUACAGUUUUUAUUAAUCGGGAAAGAUGAACACAUGACCAUGUGCUUUCACUCAUCUGAAACCACGUGGUGUUUAUACGACAAUGAUCCAACAAAGCCUUCGUUCCAUCCUUUUCUCCUGGAGAGUCUUCAAAACUUCAUUAUAUGUUUGGCCGGAUACAUCACCCAAGUGAAAGAAUAUAAACCUUGCAUUACCGAGUCUGGAGAAGACGUUGGAACUCGACCUUUCUAUUUAGAUACAAGCAGUUCCAGCUGUAUGGGUCCAGGACAGCAUGUGGAGGACUGGGAAAUGGAGGACUUGUGCUCUUGCUCUUUAGCUGUUCCUGAGUCUGGAGAAGCACCAAUCCACAGUGAAAUAGUCUACUCUUAAUCGCUUACUUUGUACAAAUAACUUGCAGGUGUAG